AGCACCAAUUCCAGCCAACUAAAGCUUGUAGUCCGAAUCCCUCGUAGAGACUUUUCCCUCCAUUCCACAUCAAUUCGAUCGUCCACCAGCUAUGGAAUGAUAAUGCUUGAAGAUAACGUAUUGGAAUAGUUGUGCACUUUUAUCCUAACGUAUUAGAAUAGCUAGUGCACUUUUAGCCUGCUCUCUGCUACACGCGAGAAGCUAUAACAUACAAUGGAUUCAAAUACUUCCUUCAAGGUUAUACUAGGCUCAUCAUCAAGUUCUCGCCAAUCUAUUUUGAGAGAGAUGGGGUUUGAUUUCACUAUCAUUUCAGCAGAUAUUGAUGAGAAAGCUAUUCGCAAAGAGAAGCCUGAAGAAUUAGUCAUGGUUUUGGCUGAAGCUAAGGCGGAGGCUAUUAUGUCAAAGCUUGCAACUUUUAACAAUGGUGAAUUAAAUGCAGAACCAUCAUUGUUGAUAACUGCAGAUCAAGCAUCAAAGGACGACCCCCAAAGCCGGAGGAUCAAUUACUUGGCACACUCUCAUCAAAGAAGAUCAAGCCAGAUCAAGGACGAUCUCCUCCAGCCCAGUAUCAUCAAGGAAGGUCUCCUCCAGUCCAACAUCAUUAAGGACGACCUUCUCCAUCUAUCUUCCAGUCCAGCAUUUGAAGGAAGGCAUCACCAAAUUGAGCAUCAACCAAGUGUUUGACAAGGUGGCAUCCUAGUCAUCACUCCUCUAGUCGGGUUGGUCCACCUCAGCAUGUCCAGAUUCAAUGUACCUAGCUCAAUAAAGAUGGCACAAACUUCGAUGUACCUACCCCGGCUAUCCAUUGGUCGAAUAUUCCAGAGAAGACAUGUGUCCAAAUAAUGUAAUUAUUUCAUUGGUCAGAAUUAAGUUUGUUAUAACAAACCCUAAUUAGGGUUUCAUUGUAAAAUCUUGGCCAUUGAUCUUGAAUUGAUCCAA